ACCAUCAUGCAACGCACUAGCAAGACGUUGAUCGCAACUGCGCAGGUCUGCGCAGGUCUUGCUUGUCUCAAACAAGCCUUUUUAGUCUGUGAAGAAGAUAGAGAAAAUGGCUCGAAGGAACUUUACCGUUGCGGACCCGCUGGAUUUUAUUUUCGCGAGCGGCAGUGAAGAAGAUGGCUCAUCAGAACCUGAAGGCUUCGACUCUUCUGAAGAAGAAGAAUACAGGGACAGCAGGGAUCCAUUUGAGGAUGGAGAGGUUUCACAGCUGCCUGGGCCUAGCAGCCCACAGAUGACAUUUAUCCAGGAGCCUCCAGCUGUGCCUGCCACCAUGUUGAGAUCUACCGUGGAUCAAGGGCCUUCACCACUGCCAUCCCCACCAAGCACUAGAGGACCAGCAUCACGACAGCUGCCUGCGACGAGGUCAAGAUACACCUCAGCUCCACCACAGCCAUCACCAUCAACCCGGACAGCAAAGAGGUCUCAUAGAGCACAUGUACCUCCCACACAGCCACCAGCUGCCCAUGCACCAUCACCCCCACCUGCACAGCAGCCAGCUCCACUGUCUUGGAAGACAGGCAAAGACCCCGACACUGCUCCCCUGUCUCCAGGUUUCAACCUGCUCGCACACCCGGGCCACAGCUCAGCUCAACAGUAUCAAACAAACCCCUUGACCUGUUCAAGCUGUUCUUCAGUGCACUAACAGUACAGACACUCUGUACCAACACAAACAAGCGGGCUGCACAGGAGAUGGGAAAGUGUAAAACCUACAAAUGGACUGACUUGACUGUAGAGGAUUUCUAUAAAUACAUGGGGCUGCUGAAACUGGACAAUGUAUUGGACUACUGGAGGAAGGAUCAUUUUGUCAGUGUAUAAUGAAUAGUUGGUUGAAGGAAAAAAAGUUCUGAUGUUCAAUAUUGUAAAUAGUGAGAUUUUGCAGUUAUAUUUAUAUACAUUGUUGGUAUUAUAAUAAAUUGUUGGUUGAAAAAAAAAGUUCUAAUGCUCAAUUCUUUUUUUUUUACACAUCACAUGAACCUUGGUAUGUAAUAUGAAGUCAUUAUUCAGUCCUGAUAUAUCUCAGUCCCUGCUGUGGUGAAAGUAGAGUGAUUGACAGCUGUUUUACUCAGAAUUCGAAUUUAUAAAAUUUCAUUUUAGACAUGAAUAACACAUUUAUAUACAGUGUAAUUCAAAUAUUUCACUACUUUUGUAAUCCUAAGACUUUGGUAACCAAAUCUAAAACACCAAAA